GGAGAGGAGAAAGGAGAGCGGCGAUUUGGGUUCUGUCAAAGUGGUGACGGCUUUGAGUAGAUAAAGCGAAUCCGAAAGGCGGAAGUGACUGCUCGUUCGACGAAGGUAAGGUGGCUAUGACCUGGUUUUUGUCGAAGUGUUACCAGUAUUUCAAAAUUAGGUUUUGAAUGUUUAGGGUUCCUCAAAUUCGAACAUCACCAAUUCCGAUGGGUUAGGGUUUCUCGAAUCCAGCCAUUUGUUGUGUCUGUUUGUUUAGAAGCACAAUAACAAAUUGUAUUUUACUUGACCAUGUAGAUGAUUGAAUAUAUGGAGAUUGGUUACCAUCACGGAGGCGAGAUGGACUUUUCUGGUGAGGCACCACGAUAUAUGGGUGGAUUUUGUGAGAAGUUCAACGUUGAUGUUGAUUAAGUGUCGUAUUUUGUUCUAGUAAUUGCAAUGAUCCAAAGAUUUACUUUCACAAAGUUUUAUAGUAGGAUUACAAAACUGAAAUGGAACUACAUUUGUUUUCUACAUAUUGCAACACCGCUCAAACAAGGCCAAAAUUGAAUAUUACACAACUGUUUUCUACAUACUGUUAUGCCACUCAAGUUCCUUGGAAUCUACAGAACACAACAUAAGCUACGACACCAAUUAUACAGAAGAUCAGGUUUGUCAUCAUGCUGUCAAGACUUUGGACCACAAUGUUCAUUCGGCUCAUCUCAGAGUUAAUUCUUGCAUGACCUUUUCUAGUUCUAAUUAACUCUUCUAAAAACUUGUUAUUGCUUGCUUCCACUUCCAUAAGUUUUGCCAUGAAACCAGCCUUCCCAUUGUCAUGUGCAGACCACACUGAUGCAUUCCUUCUCAUAUAUUUGUCCAUCCAUAGGAAGAAUCGACAAUCAUCCGUCUACAAAUGAAAUGAAAGCUAUUACUAAGCUAAAUACAUAGGUAUACAAACAACCCAACGUCACAAACAAAUAUAAUACCUUCCAAUAUGGACAACAACAGAACUGCCUUCCUGGAUUCCUACUAGUACCGUAUUUGUUCGUGAUGCAAGGUUUGUUAUGAUAGCAUAGAGGUCUGAAUACGUCAUUUGUGUUGGCCGAACCAGAAGAGCCAUCCAAAGCAGUCAUGAUUCUUCUUACUAACAAUAAAACUUCCCAUUCGAAAAUAAAAAACCAGAAGAGCCAUCCAAUUACAAUCUAUUUCGUCUACAGCCUAAUUCAAACCAGAUGAUGGAAACACCUAAUUCGAGCCAGAUGAUGGAAAGAGGCAGGGUUAAUACAACUUAUCCUCGUGAUUGGAAGACGAAGGUUUCCUCAAUCGAAUCAGUCUUCUUCUGACCAGGAGGCAAACGCUCUGCCGACGAGACAAUGGAUAGGGAAGGAGGGGCUGACUAAUAUUUUAUAUUUACCCAAUAUUUUUUUUUAUGUUCCUCAUUUCAGUGGCCUAGCCAAAAAAUUUAGUCAAGUGAGAUUAAAAGAUAAUCGAUUAAUGUGUGUCUUUAAUGGUAAGCUAGGGGAAAAGACCUAUAGCUCCAAUUGUCUAAAAAAUUUCAUAGCUUAUCCCAACAAACACCCUACAAUUCACUCCGGUAACGUUCCAAAGACAGUCUGAUUCAUACAUUUGUUUCCACUUCCACAUUUUGCUCCUGAAGUCAGCUGGUCAACCCCAAAUAAAAUUUCACUAAGCAAAGUCAGCCAUGUAUUGACUCUUUUUUCUUGUAACAAACACCAUUAAUGGCACUUUGAACUAAAGCGAAUACGGCCAAAGUUUGUUUGUUUGUUCGUUCGGAGUUGGCAGAACCUUGCAGUAGCAGUAACUAUGCAAUUCACAAUUAACUACUCAAAUCCUUCCCAUUUGUGUUCCACCACGCAAACACAAUCUUCAAUCUUGAUCGACCAACACAACAGCAAUCUUGGUUCCGGUAAAGAAAACCCGCCAUUACUGAAUUCCCUUACCCUUAAUCUUUAGAUGAUGAGUUUCUACGUACAAAUUAAUCCCCUCAUCCGUUUGAAGCAGAGACAUAAUCUUUGCACACGACACAAGAUUAAUGCCAAGCCACCCAGCUUAUUAAAAUCAGAUGCUUAUCUCCUAAGACUGUUCUUUAAUUUUCAGGUUUUCUGGGUAAUUCUCUGAUCUGGGAAAUUCACAGGGCAAGAUGCGAUUUAUUGCAGCUCUUCUCCUCGCCGUCAUUUUCCUGCUCCAUGGCUCCUGCAGCUCAUUUAUAGCUGCUCAGCAUUUCCCGUUCGUCCACGACGCGACGGUAGCCCCGCCGGUGGUGUACUUCGACUACAUCAUCAUCGGCGGUGGAACCGCGGGCUGUCCUCUGGCCGCGACCCUGUCCCAAAACGCCACCGUUUUGGUCCUGGAGCGGGGCGGGUCCCCGUACCGCGACUUCAACAUAACCAACGUGGGCAACUUCGGGAGCACGAUCUCCGACACGUCACCGCACUCUGCCUCCCAGAUCUUCAUCUCCGAGGACGGCGUGUACAACACGCGCGCCCGGGUGCUCGGCGGCGGGAGCGCGAUCAACGCCGGGUUCUACUCCCACGCGGAGCCGGAGUUCGUGCGCGACGCCGGGUGGGACGAGGACCUGGUCCGCCGAUCCUACGACUGGGUCGAGUCGAAGGUCGCGUUCGAGCCGCAGGUCAAGCAGUGGCAGUCCGCCGUCCGCGACGCGCUCGUCGAGAUCGGCGUCCUGCCGUACAACGGCUUCACGUACAACCACGUCGACGGGACCAAGAUCGGCGGGACCAUCUUCGACGACCAGGGCCACCGCCACACCGCCGCCGAUCUCCUCGAGUACGCCAACCCCUUGACGGUCAAGGUCUACCUCCACGCCACCGUGGCCAGAAUUCUCUUCACUAAUAAAGGGAGGCAAUGGCCAAAGCCAAGAGCAUACGGUGUCGUAUUCGAAGAUGCGUUGGGAAUCAGGAAGAGGGCUUUCUUGAGACCAAACCCACAGAACGAGGUAAUCUUGACCGCCGGCGCGCUCGGGAGCCCGCAACUGAUGAUGUUGAGCGGGAUUGGGCCUGCUCUGCAUCUGAAGAGCCAUGGAAUCCAUGUGGUUUUGGAUCAGCCCAAUGUGGGACAAGGAAUGGCGGACAAUCCGAUGAACCUCCUCUACGUUCCUUCCCCUGUUCCAGUUGAGAUCUCGCUCAUUCAAGUCGUCGGCAUCCCUUCCAAUCAGAACACCUACAUCGAAACCGCUAGUGGGCUGAGCUUCGCUUACUCUUGGGCUCAGGGAUUCGCUCGUGACUAUGUCACAUUCUUCAAUCAGUCGGGGAAGCCAUCGUCGUUGACGGCGGAGACGAUGGCGAGGGCGAUCGACACGGUGCACGCCUACGCCGCCAACACGAGCUUGAAAGGGGGAGUGAUACUAGAGAAAGUGAGGGGACCGUUAUCUUCAGGGGAUCUCAAGCUGCGGAGCAGGAGUCCAAGGGACAAUCCUGCGGUCACGUUCAACUACUUCAAAGAUCCACAGGACCUGCGCGGGUGCGUGGAAGGGAUGAGGAGCAUCAUCAACCUGAUCAACGCGCCGUCGUUCGCUAGGCUCCGGUACGCGCACCUGCCCGUUCAGGCAUUGGUGGACUUGAUGCUGAAUCUGCCGGUGAACUUGAGACCGAGGCACGUCUCGUCGUCGAUCUCGCUGGAGCAGUUCUGCAUCGACACGGUGAUGACGAUUUGGCAUUACCAUGGAGGGUGUCAAGUUGGGAAAGUGGUGGAUCAGGAUUAUAGAGUUGUUGGUGUUGAUGGUUUGAGGGUUAUUGAUGGAUCGACGUUUCUUAAGUCUCCGGGGACGAACCCUCAAGCUACUGUUAUGAUGCUUGGAAGAUAUAUGGGGACGAGGAUUUUGCAAGGGAGACCGCCGGUCAAUUGGAGGAGAUUGCAAGGGAGACUUCCGGCGAGUUGGAGGAGACGACCGUGGCUUAGCCACGUUCCUAAAAAAAAUAUGCAGGGGAAAGAGAGGAUUAGGCCUUAAAGACCGGUGUUCUUUAGUGGGAUUUUGAAGGGUUGGAUUUGGAGGAAGAUGUCAAUCGAUAGGCAUGAUAAAAUGAAGUGGGAAGAAAUGUUAUGUUUUUUUUUUUUUUUGUGAGCAAUUGGAUUGGGUUGUUUUUAUGAUUUUGUGACUCGUGAUAAUGAUUAGUGUGACAAAGAGAUAUAAACAUGAUGUGGUGUUUUGAAAUGUAAGUUGGAUUUACGUAUUUUUACGUAGUUAGAUUGGUCUAGAGAAUAACCAUUUGUUGUUCUAGUUAUUCGGAUUUCAAAUAUAAACUUAACUUCUCCCAGGUGUUUUACCUCAAAGCUCUCUCUCAACAUGGCUUCUGCUUCAUUGACCACGUGAAUAUUUGUAUCAAAUAUCAACAUGUCAUCUACAUACAAGCAUAUGAUAGUGCAAGUGUUAUUCUCUGAUUUGUAGUAAAUACACUUGUCACUU